UUCUCAGUGUGAAAGCUUCUAGGGUUAGUUUGUUGCAGGCUUAUCAAGAAGAAGGGGAAUGAAGGAGAACGGUAAAAAGCACGGGGCUUUAUCGCCAUGCGCAGCGUGCAAGUUACUCAGACGGAGAUGUGCGCCGGACUGUGUUUUCGCUCCCUAUUUUCCGGCCGAUGAGCCUCACAAGUUUGCUAGUGUCCAUAAGGUGUUUGGUGCUAGCAAUGUUAACAAGAUGUUACAGGAAUUGCCGGAACACCAACGAAGCGAUGCAGUGAGUUCCAUGGUGUACGAGGCAAACGCCAGGGUUCGUGACCCCGUGUACGGCUGUGUCGGAGCGAUUUCGUCGUUGCAACGACAGGUCGAUUCUCUGCAAACUCAAUUGGCACUUGCUCAAGCCGAGGUGAUUCAGAUGAGGAUGCGCCAAUUCGGUUCGACGCCGUCGUCGAACCCCGGCACCGGCUCGCCCGAGAACUUGCCGCCUCAUCAGUCCAAGUCCCUUUUUUGUAUGGACAUGGCUGAUCAGGCUAAUAUGGCCGAGUCUUUAUGGUCAUACUAGAGUGGAUUGUGCUUUGCUUGUUAUGCUUUUAUGGUUGCUUCCUUUUUCUCACAUAUAU